AUGGUUGCUCCGCCGUCGCACGCGGCGGCAGGUAGGGGAAAUGUGUUUAGAGAAUACAUCGGAGCAGAGUUUAAGGACGUGAAAUUUUCAGACGUUCCGAUAAACCCAAACGUAGAAGAGUUUCACUUUCUUCUGUCGUUUGCCAUUGACUUUGACAGCUCCCGCCGUUCCUUCACUAACGGAGUUUUCAACGUCUUCUGGGACUCCGAUAAUCUUAGCCCUUCUGCUGUUGCUUCCAUUAAAAGGGAUCAUUCAAAUGUGAGGGUGGGUGUAAGUCUUGGGGGAGAUAGUGUAGACAAAGGCGGCUCUGUCUUUUUCAAACCUUCUUCAAUAGCUUCAUGGGUUUCCAAUGCAGAAACUUCACUCACAGAACUCAUAAACACCUACAAUCUCGACGGCAUCGACAUCGAUUACGAGCACUUCAAGUCCGAUCCGAGCACGUUCGCCAAGUGCAUCGGACAACUAAUUGGACGGCUAAAGAAGAAGGGAAUCAUCUCAUUUGCUUCCAUUGCCCCAUUUGACAAGGCUGAAGUUCAAAGCCAUUAUUUGGCUUUGUGGAGAAGCUAUGGCCACUUGAUAGACUAUGUCAAUUUUCAAUUCUAUGCUUAUGAUAAAGGCACCACAGUUGGUCAGUUUAUCCAACAUUUCAAGGCUCAACUCUCAAAUUAUGAAGGUGGUAGGGUUUUGGCAAGCUUGGCCAGCGACGAUAGCGGUGGAUUGGUUCCCGACAACGGGUUUUUUAGGGCGUGUCGGAAGCUGAAGACGGAGAAACUCCUGGAUGGAAUCUUUAUUUGGUCUGCAGAUGAUUCUCAAUCCAAUGGUUUUGGCUAUGAAAAGAAGGCUCAGGCACUUCUAGCAAUGCCCAACUAG